GAGUAAUUCGGUUUGGCUUCCGACUCCUGAAGAGCCCAUGGACUUUAGCCGUAUUGUCUGCCUCCCCGUUUUCCCGGGUCCGAAAGGGAAGGAAAAGCUGGGCUAGAGAGGGGCCGGCCUGGGCGAGAGAAAGCAAAGCAAAGCAAAGGGAGGGUUGAGGCGGGGAAUGCGAAGGAAGGAAGGAAAGGCGGCCUGAGGAGAGCAGGUGCGCAGCCAGGCAAAGGGCGAGCAGUCGCCGGCCGACUUCCUCGGGAUGGCGGUGCUGCUGGUGGUCAUGGGAGUGAGCGGCUCCGGGAAAUCUACUGUGGGCUCACAACUAGCAGAUAAGCUAGGAUGGAAAUUCUAUGAUGGUGACGACUAUCAUCCAAAGGAGAAUAGAAAGAAAAUGGCAGAAGGAAUACCUCUGAAUGACCAGGACAGGAUCCCAUGGCUUUGCUGCCUCCAUGAUAUAUUAAGGAGGGACCACGAAUCAGGACAAAAUGCAAUUUUAGCCUGCUCAGCGCUGAAAAGAAUGUACAGAUGCAUUUUGGAGACCAGAGAGUCUGAUUUUCGAAGUGUGACUCAUCGGCGGGAGGAAGACAGGCCUGCACCUCUGAAGAUCCUUUUCAUCCACUUAGAUGGACCUGCGGACUUAAUUGCAAAACGUCUAGAAAAACGAAAGGGCCAUUUUAUGCCUGCAGCUCUGCUGCAGUCUCAGUUUGAUACUCUUGAACCUCCCUCACCGCCAGAAAAUUUUCUUACUAUCAGUUUGGAAAAGCCUGUUUCAGAAAUAGUAGCUGAAAUUGAAGAAUUUAUUAGAAACAUGUAUUGAUAUUUCCUCCAGGUUGGUUCCUGAAUUAUACAAUAAUUUCAAGCAA